CAUGCCUCGUCAUUUUUAGACUUCGAUGGCUUUCAGGCAUUUGUCAAGCCACUUGGAUUCAGAAGGGCCGAAGACUUUUAUACCUGGAGCAGUAGCGGCAACCGCCCAAUAUUCAUACCGUCGAAACCACAAGCGAUUUACAAACCGCACUGGAAAUCGUGGCCUGAGUCCUUGGGAUACAUAGAUCGCCGCCGCUUUAAUACCGCAG